UUCGAACGUUGUUUUGUUUGUAUUUAUACUAUUCUAUUUAUGUACUAACAAUUAGAGGAGUUAAAAGAAGUCUGAAACCAUUAAAAUGUCGGAUAAUUUUAUACCUUUGAACCAAAGCACGCCAGUGCAGAACAGAUGGCAACAGAACAAUAGUCAAAAUUCACGAUAUAAGGGUCGUGGCGGUGGAAAUCGUGGUGGUCGCAAUAAUAGCUGGAACAACUCGCGGUCUAGCUUUGGAAGCAACUCCAGUACAAGCUACAGUACUGGCAACAAUAGUCCGCAUCAAGAAAGGUUUAAUGUCCAAGCUUACAUACAUCCAUCAAUGCUGCAAGAUCCCUGGGCUGAGCUGCGAAGAGAAAUGGCUCAAGAUAGUACGGCCUGCCCACCUGGUGAAUACAACCCUGGACCAAACUGUGGCUUGGAACCAUCAUGUUCAACAAGAAGUUCUCAUGCAUACCCGAAGCACACCUGCGAUUGCUGGUGCAUACCUGGCACGUAUAGAAACCUGGAUACCAACGCAUGUGUCGACCUGAAGGGAUGUUAAGAUUAAAAUUAAGUAUUGUUAAUUAUUAAA